UGUCAUACUUUCUUUACGCUGAUUGGACUGAGGAUCGCACUGCCGACAACCUUCUUCAAGAUGCAAUUCACCACUGUCGCUUUCGCUGCUGCGGCGCUUUUCCCUCUGACUCUCGCUCAACUUGGCCGUGCUGGAACGUCCCCAAGUGAAGACAGUAUCGCAAGUGCAGACUACUGCCAAUGCGUCGGCUCCUUCGCUUUCCCCGACGAAUCUCCUAACCAACCUCUCACCGAACUGGUCUGCAACGCUUUCCAAGGCAACAGGACCGAUGUGGAUGGAUAUGCUCAGUGCUUCGGCGUAAGCCCUCCCAACUCCGGCUUCUCCAACUUCUGCGCCUCCUACGGAGACAACGGCGCCAGAGGCGCUCGAUGCUGUAGCCAAGGCCAAGCAUACAAGGAUUGCCAUGUGAUCAUUCCGGGUAUCAAUGGAAAAUAAGCAGACUGGAGGCCGGUUCGGAGAAGGCCUUUUCUUGUUUUGGUCUGGAGUCUUAUGUCUCAUUGUAGUAAGUUUUGCUACAGUAAGGAGGUCAUUUGACACUUUUGGGGAAGUGCCAAGUCAUACCGCUAGGACGUAUACGUGUCAGACCGCACAAAAUUGGAUAAAUUGCCAGUUCCGAACGUCAAGGCUUCAUUUUAUCGAGAAAAGGCACGCGACCAGAAGGCUGAGCAGCUUACAGAAGUUUCUU